CUUCUCACCCCGAACAUGACGACUCAGCCUCCACAACGCGCCCUCGUCGCAUUCGCGGGCCAAUCGUCUUACAGCACCGGCCGGGCGGGAGGAGGCAGCCGAGUCGCGACCAACGGCCCUGUUGUUGCGAGCCACCCGAGAGUCGUCCAGCAAAAAGUCGUCUAUAAGAUGCCGUUUCUGCCCAAGCGAGGGGUCCCUGUGGAUUGCCCAUAGCUCUUGGAAAUGGGCGUUUGUGUAUCUUUGUUUGCCCAAUGUUCUAGCAACUGAUCCAUGUGCCUCCCACGGGCUCGCAAAUCUACCUCACGCUAUCACCAGUUGCCAUCAUCAGACUCACUCCCUGCAUCUGCAUAUCCGCGAGUCGUGGCCAUGGGCGCACCACCUUCUUCCUCACACCCUCCAAUGUCCGCCAACAACAACUCCACCAUGAGCCCCACGCCCUUCGCCGGGCCCCCGUCGACCUCGUUCCUGUCUGCCCAGCACGAACGCCUCAUCCUCGAGCUCCUCCCCUUCAAGGACAGCGCCAAGUUCCAGGAGUGGCUCAACAGCGACUGGGUGCGCGGCUCGUGGCUCGAGUUCCACGCCGACUUCCUCGGCAAGACGGCCCGCACAGGUCCGUCAAGCGCCGCCGCGCCCGAGCCCGACAAGGGACGCGCAGCGCAGGCCGCCAAAGACGCUAUCAACUCGCGGUCGCAAAAGUACCUCGUCUACCACCCCAACAAGACGGGCUGGACGGCCGAGGACCACCAUGUGCGCUUCAUCGUGACCGUCAUCCAGGAUAACAUGCUGCGGAGCCUGUGGUCCGAGUCGGAAUGGAAGAAGAAGGCCAUUGACAUUGCGAAGGCGGUGUUUGAGGUGCUGUGUUUCCUCAAGGCGACAUUCUAUGUUGUCGACCAGCAUCCGCCGAGCUAUUCCCAGUAGUGCUGAGACUUGGGCGGGGUUGGAGUGUGCUCAUGGUCUGCUGGUGUUUGGAGUCGCUGGGUCAUUCAUCAUGAUUGAGACAUUCCAGAGUAUCAUUGCACUACUAAUACUAUAGCGACACUUUCACCGCA